UUAUGCUAACAUAUGGUUAAACAUAUAGCGCUAAGAAGUGGCUCCCCCCUAUUCUUCGUGCGGUGGUAUCGCCCUUCCCAUCUGUUCAGCUCCGGUGAGACUCUGAUUGAAACAGAUUGUAGCGCUCCCCGGGUCGCAAUGGCAACUACACGAACGGGACGACACCAGCAACUUUUGUCGUAUUUGUAAUGUUACAGAGCUAUCAUAAGUCGCUGAGGAAACUACUUUCUAAUGUGAGAAACAAGCGUUACACAAUUUAUCUAGUCCGAAAAUGUCCCAGGGAUGUACCGUUUCUGUGGAAGAGAUCCAGUCUUGGUGGGAAGUCCCCGCCAUAGCCCACUUCUGCUCGCUGUUCAGGACAGCAUUCAACCUUCCCGACUUUGAAAUAGAGGAGCUGGAGAAAGCCCUGUCAGAGCAGGACUUGGACUUCCUCGGGGACCUCAUUGCAUGUCUCUUGCAGGGAUGCUACCAGCGCAAUGAUAUCACCCCCCAGGCAUUUAGCAGUUACCUGGACGACAUCAUCAGCUACAGGUGGGAGCUGGAAGAAGGGAAGCCCAACCCACUUCGAGAGGGUCCCUUUGAGAAUCUCCCUCCCCGCACUCAGGUGGAGCUGCUGCACCGGCUGUGCGACUACCGUCUGGAUGCUGCCGAUGUCUUUGACCUGCUGAAGGGACUGGAGGCAGACAGCCUGAGAGUGGAGCCGCUGGGGCAGGAUGGAAAUGGAGCCCUCUACUGGUACUUUUAUGGCACUCGUAUGUACAAAGAGGAGCCAGUCAAGAGGAAAGCAGAGAAGAUCAGCAGUGAAACCGCUGAGCUGACGUUACCAGAGAAAAAGAAAAGGGGAAGACCACCAAAGAAGAAAAAACUGGAAGACCCUCAGCUAAGUGAGGUGGAAAAUGAAGUGCCAGAAGUGAAGACAGAAAAUGGGAUCGAAGAUCUCAGCCCCAGCGCAGAAUCAAUAAGCCAACGUCUCUCCUCUUUGCUUCCACCAGGCCGAAAGCGAGGCGCUUGGUCCCUUGUGUGUGAUACAGAGGAACAAUGGGUCAGUCUGGCAGAAAGCAUCAAGGACAAAACCUCCCCACAGGACCGCCACCUCUACCGUGUCAUCAGCCAGAACUUCCUGCCUGAGAUCAGCAGCAUGAUUGAGCACAAGGAGCGGGAACAGAAACAGAAGCUGCUGGACCCAGCCCCAGUUCGCAUAUCACAACGGUUCUCUGAAAAACACGUUAACCAAGAGGAGGAGGACAAUCUGAAGGCCAUAGCAGAGGAGGAGAAAAGGAAAGAUGAAGAGCUGGACAGGCAGGUCCUGCUGGCCGAGCAGCGACGAGAAGAGGAAAGGCUUCAGCAAGAAGAACAACAGAGAGAAAAGAUGGAGAAGAUCAAAGCCGUGGAGGAACGAGCUAAGAGGCGAAAGAUGCGUGAGGAAAGGGCCUGGCUGCUGUCUCAAGGAAAAGAAUUGCCACCUGAACUCUUGAAUCUGGAGCCUUCUUCUCCUGUCCACAGAACACGCAGGAAUAAAGCAUUCUAUGAAAUCGAUGACGACUACACUGCUCUAUAUAAAGUGCUCGAGGUCUUGAAAGCCCAUAAAGAUGCUUGGCCUUUCUUGGAGCCUGUGGAUGAGUCCUAUGCCCCGAAUUACCAUGAGAUCAUCCAGACUCCCAUGGACCUGUCCACCAUUGAAAAGAAGCUCAACGAUGGGGAGUACGUUGCUAAGGAGGAGUUUGUUGCCGACGUGAAGCUAAUGUUUGAGAACUGCAUCGAGUACAAUGGAGAAGACAGUGAGUACACUAUCAUGGCAGAGAGUCUGGAACGGUGUUUUAGCCGGGCCUUAUUGAAACACUUUCCGUCAGAGGAUGGCGACACAGACGAGGAAUUCCACAUCAACAACGAAGACAAGGAGCGCAAGGACAAAAAGCGCAAUCGUGGCAGCAGUAAACAUUUGGGACCUGAAAGCCUGAUCAAAGCCACUGAGCAAGUCCAGCGUAAGCGAAACUCCCAAGGGAACAAGAGCAGCACGCUGUCAGAGGAUGAGGACAGCAAAGCAACGCGACCACCUCCUCCCCUUCACUGGGCAAACGGUCCCCCUUAUCCCCAUGGCCUGCCUCCAAGCCAGCAGCACAUUCAUCAAGGAGACAUCAGGGGCAUGUAUCACCCAGGGCAACAGGUCCGUCGUCCUCCUGGUCCACCUGGUCCCCCUGGUCCUCAUGGCCCACACAUGUAUGGCCAAAGAAUGGCCAUGGAUCCCCGCUUCGCUUACCCAGGUCACAUUCCCAGGCAUGGAGAUCCCGGUUUGAACCACUUGCCCCACAACUUUAACAUGCAGCAUCGCAUGGUUGAAGGACAUCACAUGGGUCCUAGGUAUCCCAUGGUCCCAGAUCCUAACCAGCAGCAGCCUCCACACCAGCAGCAGCACCCCUACAUGGGCCCAACUCAUGGCCCGUCUCUGGGCCCACGUCCCAUGGGCCUCCAGCCAGGCCCUCCACCUGAAGCCAGCAUGUAUCCAUCCCACCACCGUCCAGAGGGCCACACCAUGCACCCCAUGGGCAACAGAUUCCCUGGGCCAGAGGGGCCACCUCAGCACAGUUACCCAGGCAUGAGGCCUCCCAGUAUGGGCCUAUCCAACAUGUGGACUGGUAUGAAUCACCAGGAGAGACCCAACGGGAUGCGCAUGCAAGAUCCCAACAUGGUGAACCAGCGCAACUUUAGUUACGGGGGGGUCCCUCCUCCAGUGGGGCAUAAACCAUGGCCGGAAGCUGCUGGAUACCCCCACCCUCCUCCCAAUGCCCAGUAUCAAAUGUCUGCAGCGGUGAGCUCCCCGGGGCCCAUGUCCUCGCGUCCCCCUGUUCCACAUCCAGACUCCUCUGGCAGGACACGCUUGGCUUCCAUGCUGGAAAGCCCAGAGAUGCUGGCCCUGCAGCAGCUGUCAGCCUCUUCUGGACCCCCUGCUGGUGCCCCUCAUCAGCACAUGGGCAACUUUCAGCAGCCCGGGCCCCCAUCAGGAAUUGGCAACAUCCCAGCUCACCCCUCUCAGCAGCCUCCCCCUGCCCCUGAGGUUCAGCUGCUGCGUCCUGCUAGAGACAAUGGGCCAGACAGUCAGCCUCCCCAACAGACAGACAUGCAGCCCAAAGACUCAACUUCAGAGAACAAAAUGGCUGCCAACAACAUUUCCGACGAAGAUUCAUCGCAUAAAAACACUGUUUCAAUGAAUCAAGAGCACCCGUCCAUCCGCAGCCCCACAGAACACCACACAGGCCCAGCAGAGGGAAUGAAGAGUCCCCCGGCCUCUAACUCGGAAAGAUCACGGGAGAAUCCGUCUGGACCAGUGCUCCCACAGAGUGCAACAGAGAGCCACAAGCAGGAGGGAGAUGGCCACCGUCCCAUUCAUCACAUUAGUGCCACAACGGUUUCAUCCCACGUCAACACAAGUACCAACGUCUCCACUGAUCCCAAACACCCCAACUACCCACAGCAUACACAGAACAGUCCACAGCAAAACGCUCAGAGCCCCGCACUUCUUCACCAGAACGUACCGCCACUACAUGUUUCAGCAUCUCAGAGCUCCACUCAGCCAAUGUCUGAGAACAACUUGUCACACAUGCAGAAUGCACAUCGGCCAAGUGAACAUCAGCAGAACAUCCAAAAACAGCAGCAACCUCAGGCAAGCCAGAGUACCCCUCCCCAAUGCCACCCUCAAAGCUCUCCCCAGCAGAUGACCCAGAGUACACAGCAACUACCCCCUCGUCACCUUUCCCAAAACAUCUCUCCACAACGCCCCACACAGAGCAGCCCCAUGCAUGGGAUGCCACAGAGUGCCACACAAGGAGCCCAGCCUGGACCUCCUCAGCCAGCUCCUCUCACCUCUUUGCCACCCAGUCAUCCUACCCCACUGUUACCCUCCCAGCCUAGCCCAGCGGACCAUGGAGAUCAAAGACCGAGUGAGCCUACUAGUAGACCGGACACAGACGGCAGUGCCGUUCCUCCACAGCACAUGAUGAAAUCUGGGCCUCCAAAUGGUAUUUAUAAACACCAGGCUUUUAGCCCCAAUCACCAUCAAACCCAGCUGGUGGGUAGUAACCCAGGUAUGCAGGCUCAGAGAGGGUCAGCACCCGCUCACAAUCCAGCCAUGCCUCCUCAGUCCCAAGGCCAGGUAAAUGGAGCCAUGGGUCCAUAUGGCAUGGGGAACCAUCCACAUCCACACUACAGCCAGACACAGAUGACCCGACCCAUGCCUCCUUCUGCUCACCACCCUUAUCACAACCAGGCCAUGAACCCCCUCCACAAUCAUGCUCAACACCCCACCUACCACCAGCAGGGAGGGACUGCCUACUCCUACCACUCGUCAGGCCAACAGCACCCUCAGGCCCACCCCAACAUGUACCCACCUCAUCAGUUCCAGCAGCAACACUACUACCCACAACCCCAUCCACAAGCUCAAGCCCAUAACCAGGCCAACAGCAGAGGGAGUUAUCCUUCAGAGGAGUGGCAUCGGUCUCAUUAUCAGCCUCGCCAACCGAUGCCGCCCAACGCCUACCUACCUGUAGCAAGUGCCAGAGGCAACGGUCAGUUAAAGGAGAGCAGUAUGUCCCCACUGGGCUCUGAGGGCUCCAGUAGUGCUAGUUUGAUGUCCCCUGGCCCUGCGCCAGAUGUAGGGCCACACCCUGGAGGCCCAGAGGAGAGGAAGAGUGAAAGCAGGGAGCAGGCCAGCGGAUGUAGCAGUGGUGGCAGCCCAGCAAAGCAGGCUCGUACAGAGAGCUCAGAGCGACCUGAGAGCCCUAAAGAAAUCCUGGACCUCGACAGCCAUAAUGCAGCUGCCCGCCGUCAUAGCACCCAGCCACCUCAACAUCAACCUCCUGCCUCUGCUGCACACAUGGUGUCUGGCUUCAUGUACGAUCCACGUGCCGUGCACCCUGGGAUGCAGCGAGGCGGCGUUCCUCCACCCCAUAUGAUGUUUCAGACUCGUGGAGAUGGCAACAGAGCCCCUUACCCUGGCCACCCGUACCCAGAUCCCGGACACUAUGCCGCCCAAAGACCUCAUCCACACCUGAUGGAGGCUCUGCAGCGACCCCAGCAGCUGCCUUACUCACCGGGUCAGACACGCAUGGCCAUGUACAGACACCCCCGGCCUGCUGGGCACUUCCAGGGCAUGAUGAUUCAGCAGAGAGGCCUGGCACCAGAACACUUCGUACAUCCAGGGCAACAGAUGAUGGCUGCCCCAGGCGGCCCUAGCAGUAAACAAGGAGUGUGACACAUACCAUAUCAGAGCAUGUUAUUAUCAAAGAACAUCUGGACAAAGCAGUGAGCCAAAAUGAAGAAUAUGUGGGCAUACUGACUGUAGAUGGGACACUUGAUGCUCCACGUACAUCUCUUACUAAUUUUCUUACACUGGACGAGAACGUUUGGCUUUGUGUUACGUACCACUGAACUUGAAGAUCCAACCAGGCAGCUGGUAUUAAGAUAAUAAUAAUGUGAACUUUUAUUGAGCCCUGGAGAGCAAUUCUCUUUUCGCUUGCCCUUCUUCACACAAACCUCUGUGGAACUGGCAGGGAUUUACUGUCUUGCUCAAGGUGACUUCACCACAAUGGUUGCUUCCCAACGUGCACAUUUGAACUAGCAGAAGGUCAGCCUUUUUAACCACUAGGCCAACCUGCUCAACACAGAGGACCCUGCCUUCAACAACACUGGACAACCCUCUCCUCUUUGAGCAUUGGAAAUAUUAAUGUAUUAAAGGCCCUAGAACACAGCCUGCCUAUCUUGUCCAUCGACUGCAGUGCUUGAUGGAGCUGUUAAUCUACUGACAGAACUGAGAAGCACUGUGAUGAAGACAAGAGGGACUCUUGUUGUUUUUACUGCUAUUCUCUGUUCCAACCCUAUCUUUAAACUCAGGUGUAGAAAAGGAGGUACUAUGAGACUGUCACCCUAACCCAGUCAAUUCACAGGCCCCUUGCAAUUGCCUUGGUUUCCUUUGUGAAUGUAUGAGCGAAUGUGUAGAUAAUAGGGUGUGUACAGCAUAUUAGCUGCAUGUGAAAGGACACAAACACUGAUCAUUUGUCUGAAGCCUAAACUGUCCUGAAAAAAAAGGCCCAUUCACUGUCCAUUUCCACCCAACAGUGUUUUUCUAGUGGUGGAGUAAACACACAGUAUAUGCAUCUUUCAAAGCUGCCUUCAUUGUCAAGAAUGUCUUCGACUAGCAGAGAGGGACUGGCAAAUCGUAUCCGACUGUACCCAACUCUGUCAUGCACUAUGGAUUUUGUUAGUCUGGACAUCCUGGAAUUGAGUGGCCUUGGAUAGUCUUAUUUUUAGUCAAACACAUAUAUGUAUGAUAAUAUAUCCUUACCUCUUGUCCCAGAUGGGGGAAUUUUAAAAUGACACGUCCUGCUAGCUGGUAAAUGCACAGAACACAGAACAAACACAUCAAGUCCGUUGUUGUUUUCAACUGUGACAUUUGUUGCAUUCCACGUUAAAAUGUGUACUUCCUUCGUUCGUUCACGGCGCUGCCCUUUGCAUGGUUACUUCUUUGAGUGCUUCCUCUUCCCCAUGUCAAUAUUAAACGUAUCCUCAGGGUGUACAGUUUCUAUAUACGGGUAUUUUUCUGCAUUAUUUGAAGGAAGAGCAGCAUAAGAAAAAUGGGACUGCAACUGUGGCAAAUCAAUCCACCUCAUGUGAAGAACUGAACUUUGAAGAGUCUUUAUUCAUUGUUCUUAAUAUGCGGCUUAUUGCACUGCCAACUAAUCGGACUUUUCCCCAUGAAACCCUCUUUUUUCAUUCUCAUCAAAGUUGAUGGAUCAAAUAUGAGUUAUUCUACAUUCCUGUUGAUCUGGUGUCAUACCAUUCGUCAUCACAGUUAAUUUGGGCUUUCUUCUGACACAUUUUUAAGUGCAACCAAUGUAUUUUUAUCACAACUGAUGUGGACUUUGGAGGUUUUUGUCCCACACCCCACACCUUAUCAUAUCCAUGUUGCACCUAUGAGCCCCACUUGUUCAGUUUAGUGAUGGCAGCAAAUGAAUCUACCUCAUCUUAGCCAGUUGAUGGCGUCUACUGAGUCCCUCCAACUUCCUCUCCUGCCCUGCCAGACUCCUGUGUGUCAACAUUUAACGACCAGCCGAUGAUUUUAGCACCACUUUUAGUUUGUAGACUUACAGAACUGACAACGAAAUGGCCUUACAAUACAUGACCAUCUUGGUUAGUCACAGAUUGCUGUGUCAAAUUAUGGUGCCCAUUGACAUUGACAGGUGUUCUGUAAAAGAAGCAAUCGUUGAAAGUGUACACUAUCUUUUUAACGGGACAGCACUUUCAUCCUCAAUUUUUUUUAAAGGAGUAAGAUAGACAAUAUUACAACACAUGUCUGACAUGGGACUCUGUGAAUUGGUCUUUGGUUGUACAGAUUGCAUGCCUUCCUGCCUAAAGGUUGUUGAGCUAGACACAGUAGGCAGUAUUCCAGUAUAGGGUCUGUAAUAGACCACACAGAGUUUGGCAGCAUUAAGGGUUUACUAUGUUCCUUAGUACUGAGGUACUCUAAGGAAAUAUUUGAGGAAGGAUGACAGAAUAGGAAAGUGCUAAAAGCUGUGACAAUUUUCUAAAUGUGUCACACAAGACUUGCUAUUUUGUUAAAAUAGGGAAUUGUCUUAAUAUUUAGUGGGCCUAAUAGGGCUCCUCUGGAGGUUGUGUGUUCACUCGACUCGUGCUGUCUUAUGUAUGAAGGACAGUGUUGAUUUUAAAGGUCUGAGGUUGUGAAAUUGUCUUAUGCUGUACAGAAGUUGUGUGUGCGUGUGUUUCUGGUGCGUAGAAAAGACACCAGACGAUCGGAAGUGUGCGUUCAUCUCUCACUUUUACUCUGCCGUCAUCUCUCUGCACUAGUGAAAACCAUUUAGACGUGAUUAAAUGUGAAUCAUAUUUAUUUUCUCUUUUAAGAAUUUUUGUACAUUUUUGGACUUGUUUUAAUAUAAAUGUGGUGUAUGUUUCUUUUUUUUCUUGAUGUCGUUUUUGUUGUUUUUAAGCAGUCGUCUUUUACCUCAGUAGCAUGGUGGCAUUGAAAAAAAAGACCUGUACGUUUUAAUUUUUAAGUGACGUUUACAUGUUCUUAUCUGACUGACAUAGAUUAUUUUGGAAAUGGAACGGAGUAUUUUCUAUACUGUACAUUUCUUAGAAAUAAAUCACUU